AUGGACCCUGAGUUAUUAUUAUAUAUUAAUAAAGCACAACUUGGCGAUGAUGAGACUCACCUCAUAUUCAAUCCUCCUUGUAAAGUCUAUUCACAAAUCACUGAAUUUAUUUCACCUAAUCCCAAUAAUGUUGAUACUAUAGUUAUCCCAAAACCACAAAACUGUUUUUUCUUAUACCGUAAAAAUUAUAAUGCAAAACAUAAAUCUCCUAGAAAUAAAAAGGAUUGGAAAAUACUUUCAAAGGAAGCUGAUUCUGUUUUUUCUUGCACAAGUGAUAACACAAGCUUACCUCAUUUUAUGACUCAACAAUUAGAGCUGCAACAAAAACAGAGAGAGAAUUUUCAUAAGAAUAAUAAUAACGAUUAUACAGUUUCAUCAUCAUCUCACCCAUAUUCUGCCUUUUCUUACAAAGAUGAUAGUGUAAUCUCGCUUCAUUUCAGGACUCAACAACCAGAAAUACAGCAAAAACAAAAAGAUAAUAUUUAUAAGGAAAAUAAUAACGAACAUGCAGUUUCAUCAUCGCUUUAUCCACAUUCUAUCUCAUUUGAUUUUGAUACUAAUGCUGACUGGAAUACAAUUAUUAACUACUUUCGACCUUAA